AGGCCGACUUCCAUGCCCAUAACCUGGACAAUAUGGCCCACGUGAUGAACGACUCAGAUGUUUCACAGGUAUGUGGAAUGGACCACAUCCCACUCAUGUAGCACUACCAAAACUCCAACUUACGACACACAUGGAAAACGACUCCCCACAAAACCUGAUUGAUGCACUCUUCAUACCUCCUAUCAAGAAGACUAUUAUUCCUACUCCAAAAAUACAUCCCCUCAUCAUGGAAAAACCCUCCCCUUGUAAAAGUAAAACCCCAACACAGCCUCCCAACAUCCACCAAAUGGGAAAACAGCACCAUCAAAGUCUCCCAACCCAAGAAGGACUCUCCCAAAGACUCCCCAAUGAGAGGUGAAUCUCCCAUCAUAGAUUCACUCCUCUCAUCCAUCAAAACAUUCUCCACCCAAGGCUACCUAUCCAAUGCUUUCAAAGCCUUCUCUCUUCUCCAAGCACAAGUCCAAUCUACUUCUCUUAUCCUAGAUCCCAUCUCCUCUCUUCUCUUAUCCUGUACCACACUCAAAGCCCUCCCACAAGGCAAGCAGCUCCAUGCCCACACUAUCUCCUUGGGCUUUGAUCAAGACCCCCUUUUGGUCACCAAGCUUGUCAGUUUCUACUCUUCCUUCACUCUUCUCAUUGAUGCCCAUGCCAUUGCCCAAAAUUACAAUGCUACCCAUGCUGUCCCAUGGAAUGUGCUCAUCUCUGCCUACGUUAGAAAUGGGUUUUUUCGGGAAGCUCUCUCCGCCUUCAAACAGAUGGGAGAAAUGGGAUUUAGACCUGAUAACUAUACAUACCCAUCUGUUCUGAAGGCCUGUGGGGAGGAAUUUGAUUUGGGUUUUGGGAGGGAGGUUCAUAGGAGCGUGUAUGCAAGUGGGCUUGAGUGGAGUUUGUUUGUGCACAAUGCGCUUGUGUCCAUGUAUUCUAAGUGCGGGGCGGUUGGGGAGGCGAGGGAACUGUUUGAGAGAAUGCCUGAAAGAGAUGUUGUUUCUUGGAAUGCGAUGAUAUCUGGGUAUGCAUCAAGGGGUAUGUGGAUGGAAGCUUUCGAGUUGUUUGAGCGGAUGCGGAUGGGGGGUGCGGAGGUGAAUAGCGUGACUUGGAAUACAAUCGCAGGAGGGAAUUUGCAGAUGGGCAAUUAUACGGGGGCACUUGAAUUGAUCUCUCAAAUGAGAGUUAGGGGCACGGGUUUGGAUUCCGUUGCGGUGGUUAUUGGUUUGGCUGCAUGCUCCCGAACUGGGUCUAUUCGGUUGGGGAAAGAGAUUCACGGGACUGCAAUUCGGUGCCACUGUGAUUUAAAUGAGAGUGUUAGAAAUGCAUUGAUUACUAUGUAUUCAAGGUGCAAGGAUCUGAAACAUGCAUACCUUUUGUUCCAAAUGGCAGAAACCCGGAAUUUGAUAACUUGGAAUUGCAUGAUCACGGGCUACACCCACUUGGAUCGAUCUGAAGAGGCAUCAUUUGUGUUCAGAGACAUGUUAUCAUUGGGUGUCGAACCAAACUAUGUGACGGUUGCGAGCAUCCUACCCCUUUGUGCCCGAGUCGCAAAUCUCCAACACGGCAAGGAGCUGCACUGUUACAUAAUUAGACGGAAAUCUACAUUUGAGGAAUAUCUCUUGAUUUGGAAUAGCCUUGUUGACAUGUACUCGAAGUCUGGACGGGUUUCAGAUGCUAGAAGAGUCUUCAACACAAUGAGCCAGAGGGAUGAAGUGUCCUACACUUCAUUGAUGGCCGGCUAUGGAAUGCAAGGGGAGGGAGAAACUGCACUGAGGCUCUUUGAUGAGAUGAUUAGAUGUGGGAUCAAACCAGACCACAUAACCAUGGUGGCUGUCCUCUCGGCUUGUAGCCACUCAGGCCUUGUAGCCCAAGGCCAAAUGCUCUUCGAAAAGAUGGUUAGCUUGUAUAAUAUAAUCCCCAAGAUGGAGCACUUUGCUUGCAUGGUUGAUCUUUUUGGGAGGGCUGGUUUGCUAAGAAAAGCAGAAGAGAUUAUCACAAGAAUGCCAUUUCGGCCUAGCCCCGCGAUGUGGGGCACACUCGUCGGAGCCUGUAAGAUACAUGGGAACAUGGAGAUCGGAGAGUGGGCAGCUGGUAAGCUGCUGGAGAUGAAGCCCAGGAAUCCGGGGUACUACGUUUUGAUUGCAAACAUGUAUGCAGCAGUCAGGCGCUGGGACAAGCUGGCUGAGGUGAGGACACUGAUGAGGGACUUGGGCCUGAGGAAGACUCCUGGUUAUGCUUGGAUAGAUGUGGGUGAUGGGUUCUGUCCAUUCCUGGUGGGGGACAGAUCAAUGCCACAAGCAAGAGAGGUUUAUGUGCUGUUGGAGGAAUUGGCUAAACACAUGAAAGAGGCUGGUUAUGUGGCUAAUGAGGACUUGGGGUUGGAAAUAGAGAUGGAAGAAUAGAAUAAUAGAUUGAGAGAUUGAUCAUUGAUCAUUGCAUGGCCCACAUUACCAUCAGAAAUGGAUGGUGUGAUCGUGUCCGAUGGUUAGACGUCAAACUUCCGAAUGUGGGCCCGGAUGACCUGAGAAGUAGAAUUUGGGGGGUCUAAGAAAGAGCCCUCUGAGGAGCUUGGUAUGUCAUGCAAGCUGGUGGGCAGCUGAGGUCUGAUUUUACAUUUUUGUGAAGGUGUAAGGGAAUUUUGAUCAUUUCAUGUUCAGAGGCAGGAGUCUGUGGUGGUUUCCUUGGAAGGCAGGGACUUUUUGCUAACCCUGUCUUAAUCUACUAUUGUUUGGAGAGGAAAUUGUCCGAAGUGAUCGGCGGGUGCGUUUGGCUGCACCAAAUGCUAUACUGACCAAUCAUGAAAUAUCACAUUAAUUCAUUAUUUUUUGUGCAACCAAAUGCCCCCUUAUUGAUUGAAUUUUUGGGGGUGUGUAACUUUUUCUUCUUCUUUUUUUUUUUUUGGUGUUUUUGUAAUACAUUAACAAAGGAAAUACAAUAUUUGAGUUCAUAUA